AUGGGUCCCUGCUAUGUCGCCAAAGUAAGAAGAACUCGGUGCAGCGGGUCACGUACAUGGACGUGCCCAGCCCGAUGUCUAGCGAGCUUGAUGGAGCCAUCGGAAUCCACGGGGUCGACGUUUCCUACCUUGAUGUCGCGGCCCAUACGGCCCUGCUCUUGGAGAUCAUUGCGCCGCCAAGUAAGUCUUCUCCAUCCCUCCUUCCGGCGUGCACCGGGAGAAGGGACAACAGGCCUCCGGAACCCCGCCUCUCGUGAUCCUGUACGGGAGAGGGGCGAUCAGGUCUUUGGGGAGCGCACUCACGCUACUGCUGGCGGCGACGACUUCGCGAACGACGACUUCUUCCCCGACCUCGGCAACCUCAUCCUUGACGACAUGGGCGACAACGUCAACGCCGGCGGUGCUGCUCCCGCUGCACCGUAUGUGAUUCUAUCCUUCCUAUUCGAGAUCGUGGUAGAAUUCAUGCUUCUAAAGCUUCCAAUCUCGCCAUUCCGCCGACUUCGCCAGAACACCGUCCACCUGUGCUUCACACGAGAUAUGGGUAGUCGCACGUGCUCCUCCGCCGUCGUGCUCACCAUCUCCGUCGUCGCGGUGCUUCUCAACGCGGACGUGGCGCUGUGCGGCUGCAGAUACAAGCGCUUCUUCGCGUUCGGUGACUCCCUCAUCGACACCGGCAACUUCGUGUACACCAUCGGCAACGGCCCGUCGCCACUCAAGGAGCUCCCCUUCGGCAUGACCUUCUUCAAGCACCCUAGCGGCCGCAUCUCCGACGGCCGUGUCGUCGUCGACUUCUAUGCGGAGGCGUUGGGCCUGCCGCUGCUGCCGCCGAGCAUCCCGGAGGAGGCGACCGGGCAGUUCCCCACCGGCGCCAACUUCGCCGUGUUUGGCUCCACCGCGCUGCCGCCGGAGUACUUCAAGACCAAGUACAACUUCACAGUGAACCCGCCUUCCACCCUCGACCGGCAGCUCGCCUCCUUCAAGAAGGUCCUCGCGCGCAUCGCUCCCGGGGCUGUCGCCACGAGGGCUCUCCUGAACGAUUCCCUGGUGCUGGUGGGCGAGAUCGGCGGGAACGACUACAACUUCUGGUUCGGCAACCCCAGUAAACCCCGUGCGACGCCGGAGGAGUACCUGCCCGACGUGGUCGCCCGCAUCGGCGCUGCCGUACAGGAGGUGAUCGACCUCGGCGCCAGGACGAUCGUCGUCCCGGACAACUUCCCCAUCGGGUGCGUGCCGGCGUACCUGAGCGCCCACCAGAGCAACGUCACGGCCGACUACGACGAGCUGCACUGCCUCAAGUGGUACAACGAGUUCUCCCAGAAGCACAACCAGGCGCUGCGGCAGGAGCUCGUCAGGAUCCGGUCGAAGAACCCCGGCGUCAAGGUGGUCUACGCCGACUACUACGGCGCCGCCAUGCAGUUCGUCCAGAAGCCGCAGGCGUAUGGCAUCGCCGACCCGCUCGUGGCGUGCUGCGGCGGCAACGGGCCGUACCACACCGGCGGGGCGUGCAACAGCAGCACGAAGCUCUGGGGCAGCCCCGACGGGUUCGCCAGCUGGGACGGCCUGCACAUGACGGAGAAGGCGUACAAGAUUGUCUCCGACGGCGUGCUGGAUGGGCCGUUCGCCGACACCCCGCUGCGCCAUCUUUGCUAG